AGUUAUUUUCGAACGCGCGGUCUUAGAAGAAACAUCAGAACCACUGAUGGUUCUGAUGGUGUGAAAAUAUUCUGCAUAUAUUUUUGCGUGAUUAUCCGUGUCUCAAAGAACACUUAUUUCCAACACACAGCCACACUUGAGCCACGCACCCCACCAUCCAUUGCCGCAGAACCACCCUUACAAUCGUCUUUGAAUUAAACAAACAAAUCCGAUUCGGACUCGGAUUUGGAUACGGAUCCGUAUAGUUUAUAAAGUAUAGAGUAUAGUAAAAAAAGAAUAUCAUCCGAAUUUUGAAUAAAGAAUCCAUCAUCAUGAGGAUAUCAGGUGGAGGACUGCGGAGCAUCGUCUCCCUUUGGCUGAUCCUCGGCGGCAUGGCAGCUGUCCCCUUCUCAUUGGUCAGCAAUUCCGGCCAUGUGGAUCAUGGCGAUAUGAAAGUUUGCAUUGGAACCAAGUCUCGGCUGUCGCGGCCCUCGAAUAGGGAGCACCACUAUAGGAGUCUGGUGCAUCUUUACACGAACUGCACCUACGUGUAUGGCAACCUGGAGCUGACGUGGCUGCCCAACGAGAAUCUGAGCCUGAGCUUCUUGGAGAAUAUCCGGGAGGUGACCGGUUACAUUUUGAUCAGUCAUGUGGACCUUAAGCAUGUCAAGUUCCCAAAAUUGCAAAUCAUUCGAGGUCGUACCUUGUUUAGUUUGGCCGGGGACGGAGAGGAGUAUGCUUUGUUCGUCUCCUACUCCAAGAUGUUCACUCUAGAGAUGCCCAAUCUCCGGGAAGUUCUCAACGGCGAGGUGGGCUUCCACAACAACUUCAACCUUUGCCACAUGCGCUCCAUUCAGUGGAACGAGAUCCUGACGAGCAAUGCCUAUAUGACCUACAUCUACAACUUCACGGCCCCGGAGCGACAGUGUCCCAAGUGCCACGAGUCCUGCUCAAAGGGCUGCUGGGGCGAAGGACCCGUCAACUGCCAGAAGCUGAGCCAGUUCACUUGCUCGCCCCAGUGUGCGCAGGGUCGUUGCUAUGGACCAAGUCCCAGGGAGUGCUGCCACCUGUUCUGCGCCGGCGGCUGCGUCGGGCCUACGCAGAUGGACUGCAUCGCCUGCAAGAACUUCUACGACGAUGGCGUCUGUAAGGAGGAGUGCCCGCCCCUGCGCAAGUACAAUCCAACAUCCUAUAAGCUGGAAGCGAAUCCCGAGGGCAAGUACGCCUUUGGAGCCACUUGUGUCAAGGAGUGCCCCAGCCAUUUGCUGAGGGACAAUGGUGCCUGUGUGCGCAGAUGUCCCCAGGACAAGAUGUCCAAAGAGGGUGAGUGCGUGCCCUGCAACGGCCCCUGCCCCAAAAAAUGCCCAGGCGUGUCUAUCCUUCACUCCGGAAACAUUGACUCCUUCCGGAAUUGUACGGUUAUCGAUGGAAACAUUCGCAUUUUGGAUCAUACUUUCUCGGGCUACCAGGACGUUUAUCCGAACUAUACAAUGGGUCCCCGCUACUUCCCUUUGGAUCCAGAGCGGCUCGAGUUGUUCUCGACCGUUAAAAAGAUCACUGGCUUGCUGAACGUUGAAGGCAAGCACCCGAGAUUCAAGAGUCUGUCGUACUUCCGGAAUCUGGAAAUCAUCCAAGGACGCCAGGUGAUGGAGAGCAUGUUCGCCUCCCUUUCCAUAGUGAAGUCAUCACUCCACAGUCUGGACUUGCGCAACCUCAAGAGGAUUAGCAACGGCAAUGUGGUCAUCCAGCACAAUCCAAAUCUCUGCUAUGCAAACAACAUACGUUGGGGGGCGAUCCAGGUGUUGCCGGAUCAAAAGGUGUUUAUCAACGACAACCUACGAGCUGAUCUGUGUGAGAGAAAUGGAACCGUUUGCUCGGAUCAGUGCAACGAUUAUGGUUGUUGGGGAGCCGGUCCAGAUCAGUGUCUGAACUGCAAGAACUUUAGCUACGGUGGCACCUGUAUAGCCGAUGGCCGUAGUACAUCCAAUUAGGUAC